ACUUGAAAGACUCUCUCCAACCAUAUUUCUUUCCAUCUCAUGAAAAAUCCACAAAUCAUCCAUUCAAAGUAAAUGCAUAUAAAACUUUAAAGAACCUGCAGACAAGCUGAAAAACAGCAAAAUUUUCCAUGGGAACUCCAGGAGCCUACCAAGCACACCUUCCCUCAGUUCCUUCAUGGCUGAACAAAGGAGACAAUGCAUGGCAACUAACUGCAGCAACCCUAGUAGGCCUUCAAUCAAUGCCUGGCCUAGUGAUCAUCUACGCGAGCAUUGUCAAGAAAAAAUGGGCUGUUAACUCUGCUUUCAUGGCCCUCUACGCCUUCGCGGCGGUCCUCAUCUGUUGGAUGCUUCUUUGCUACCGCAUGGCCUUUGGCGACAAACUUCUUCCGUUCUGGGGUAAAGGUGCUCCUGCUUUAGGCCAAAAAUUUCUGCUCAGGCGAGCCAAAGUGCCCGAGAGCACGCAGUAUUAUGAAGAUGGCUCUGUUGAAACGCCUGCUAUUGAGCCUUUUUUCCCUAUGGCAUCUUUGGUUUAUUUUCAGUUCACGUUUGCUGCGAUUACAGUGAUUUUGUUAGGUGGUUCGGUGUUGGCUAGGAUGAAUAUUCGGGCCUGGAUGGCUUUUGUGCCACUUUGGCUUAUUUUUUCGUACACAGUUGGGGCUUUUAGUCUCUGGGGAGGUGGAUUUCUGUUUCAUUGGGGUGUUAUUGAUUAUUCGGGAGGUUAUGUCAUUCAUCUGUCCUCCGGGACUGCUGGUUUAGUUGCUGCUUAUUGGGUGGGGCCUAGAUCGAAGAGCGACAGAGAAAGGUUUCCUCCGAACAAUGUGCUGUUGAUGCUUGCAGGAGCAGGGCUGCUGUGGAUGGGUUGGUCAGGUUUCAAUGGGGGAGCACCCUACGCUGCCAGCAUCGACGCCUCAAUGGCGGUUAUAAACACCAACAUCUGUGCAGCGACGAGCCUUCUUGUGUGGACUAGUCUGGAUGUUUAUUAUUUCGGAAAGCCUUCGGUUGUUGGAGCUGUUCAAGGGAUGAUGACAGGACUUGUAUGCAUCACACCAGGAGCAGGUGUAGUACAAGCUUGGGCGGCUAUAGUGAUGGGGAUACUUUCCGGUUGCAUUCCAUGGUACACCAUGAUGAUUCUCCACAAAAAGUCCAUCUUUCUACAAAAGGUGGAUGAUACACUAGGUGUUUUUCACACACAUGCAGUAGCAGGCCUAUUAGGUGGGCUUCUAACUGGACUGCUAGCAGAGCCAGAUCUUUGCAGGCUCAUACUACCCGUUAAGGAUUCCAGGGGUGCAUUUUAUGGUGGCAAAGGGGGAGCUCAGUUUCUGAAACAAAUAGUGGCAGCCUUGUUCAUUAUGGGAUGGAAUGUCAUUUCCACAACAAUUAUUCUUUUGGCUAUAGGAAUGUUUAUUCCUCUGAGGAUGAGCGAAGAUGAGCUCUCGAUAGGGGACGAUGCAGCCCACGGUGAGGAGGCCUAUGCGCUUUGGGGUGAUGGAGAAAAAUAUGACCCGACGAAACAUGGGAAUUGGAAUGGAUCCUUGUUAUUUAUAGAACAGACGCAAACGUCUGGUUAUACCAAUGCGGCUACUGCAGCUGCCCCUGCUAGAGGCGGAACUAUUGAUUUGUAGUUAAAUUAUUGGUCUGAUGUAAUUUUGUUAGUUAAUAUUGCUGGUUUUAGUGUUUGCUUGAUGUAGUUGAGAGAAUUGAAGUAUGUUAGUAGUGUGUGUUUAUACAUAACAAAUUUUGAUUUCAGGGUUGAAGUUUAAUA